CACAUGACGCGCUGGCUCAUCUGGCUCUUUGACAUUAGCCUUGCGGGUAUUUUACCGCUUGAGGGGAUUAAACACAUCUCCUCAAGGAUAUAAUUUAUUAAUUCCUUUUACUUGUAUGUUAAUUGACGUAAAAGUUACUACAGCAGGAGUGCAGGUCAUUGAGUCUACUCCAAUCAGCUGAGUCGUACGUUGCGCGUCCCCUCACACUGGCCCCAUUGCCGGUGUACGUGCGGAAUGAGUCGGCGCCGCAGCCUGUAGAUAUCUGUGGGCAGAAGUGCCUGCGUGUAUGAUGACGUAGAGGGGGUCGUGGAAAGAGGACUGCUCUGAGAAAUCGUGAGAACAACAAGACUUUCAUUUUUUGACAGUAAACGAAACGACACAUUUGGAUUAUAACUCGACCGCUAUUGUAUAUCGCUUGAUGGACAAGACGAGCAUGUCACAAGCAGGGCAGAGAGAGAAAACUUUCCUCCGGCAGUGUAUUCAGGCCCGCGCCCAGUUAGAAGAGGCCAUUGCCGGGGUCAUGAAAGCUGAAGUUCAGCUGAAGAGCAACUCCAGAGAGGUGAAGUCUCAGCUGCACAGCUGCAUCAGUAGACAUCUGGAGAUCCUGCGCUCUCGUGAGGUCUGGCUGCUGGAGCAGGUUGAUCUGGUGGAGCAGCUCAAAGGAGAAGCUUUGCAACAACAGCUACAGCAGCUUCACUUGCUCAAGGGCCAGUUUGACAUCCUCAUUCAUCAAAUGGAAAGUUCAAAGAGUAACAGUCCUGCCACCCAGCUCACCAACUGCCUGGAAAAGCUUUCUUCUCUGAAUCUGACUCCUGAUGAUACCCCAGAGAUGAGCUUCCAAGCAGAUGUCUGCGACUUGCGCAAGGCUAUCACAUCCUUUGGGACCAUUUCCACACAGCAGGAGAUGUCACAGGCCACCAACUCUUUUGAGAGAUCAUGUUUUCUCCAGGACUGCCCAGUUUCUGUUAAGAGACAGAAAUUAGAUGCUGAAUGGGCCACACCUUUGGCUGAGUGGUUGUUAGGGAACCGCCCGGUAACCAGUCCUCCUGUAGGACACCAGUUUAGCAAGAACCCCCAGGAUUGGCUGCUUGCUUCUGAGGACUCUAAGGAGGAUCAAAAGGUACCCUCCUUUGACUUCCAGAAAGCUUGGGGUCAGCUCCAAGACCUAGAGUCAUGGCUCGUGAAGGAGAAAUCACCCGUUCGUGAGCGAACCUGCAGCGGCAGCUCCACCUUCUCCAUUGAGAUGAUCGAGGAAAGCGACUUAAAUCUGGAUGAUGUUGAAGAGGAGGUCCAGCAGGAAAAGGGUGCAGAGGAAGAACCCCUUGACAAAUGGCUCGUCACCCCGAGUAAACAACAUAAGACCAGCCAAGUCUCCGAUGAUGAACAGCGCUUCAAACAGAUCAUCAAACCCUUCUACGAAAGCUUUUCCACCUCCGAUUGGCUCCAGAAGUCCGACUGCGGCUCGUGCCGGUCCACGCGCGUCGCUGCUGUAGAAAUCGAGAACCUUGGGAAUCUCAAGUGCCUAAAGACUCCUCCUCCAACCGCUACCUCCACCCCGACCACCAACCCAGAGUCGGUGGAGAUGUGGCUUCAGAAGACCAUCCCUCUUGAGACCCACUGCAAAGCCAACGAGACCUGUGCCAGCUAUGCUCAAUGUGUGUGCGAUGACAGCUGUGGAAAAGAGGCCCUGAGCGCUUGGCUCCUCAAGAAAGAAGGCCGAGAUAAGAACGGCGUACCUGUCAAUAAGAACACCACAAACAAAGCUUCCUGUCACCAGCAGGAGCAGGAACAGAAGGUUCAGGCCAUCCUUGAGGCCUGGCUACAUCCAAGCAACAGUGCCAAGACUCCUGUCCUGCCCGACCUGUCAGCCUGGAUGACCCCGCACAUCAAAGACCCAGAGAGCUCCCCCAUGAAGCCUUUGCAUAGUGAUAAUUGGCUUUUGCCAGCAAAGAAGAUACCAAGCAAGCCAGAGAGUGAGAAUGUGAAAGAGCGAGACGGCGAAGAGGACAAAUGGCUUCUACGCAAGCGGGUGAAUGCACAGGAAAGACUUGGUCUGCCCAUAGUAUGUGAUCUAUUUUCCUGUAUGAAGCUUGGUGGGGACAGAGAGAAGUGGCUACAUCAAGCAUCCACACAGAUAUGAACACACCAUUGCUUUUUUUUCCGUUUCCUGUUUAAUGGCUGAUUGUUGCACAAUAUUUGACUCCUUAUGCAUCUCAUCUCUCUGAUUUGUUCUUUCUGGAGACUGAUAGAAAGUGAUGUGAGCCAGAGGUCUUGUCUAAUACAAGGAGGAUUUUAUGCUGGGAAUUUUCUGUCAUUUUGCUUGUUAUUGGCAGAAUACAGUCAAUUCAGGUGAUGCUGUGGUGACCAAUGUGUUAUUGCAAUUCGCUAGUGUGAUAUAAAAAUCGUAAGAAAUGGACCAGAUUGGGACAUACAAAACAGAAUUAUUCUUUUUUUCCCAAUGGGGCAUUUUGGGAGGGGCUUGGAAAGUAACAAAAUAAAUCUAUAUUUUAAUCACGCACAGUUAUAACAGCUUUUGUAUUCAUGUUUUAAAACUCACCACCUGCACAUACGGAGGAAGAUGUACUCUACAGCAUUGAGUGCUUUCCUCAUCCAUAACACCUCUGAAAAUAUGAAUUUUUAUGUAUAGUUUCUUUGUUGGUUUUCCGAUGCAGUUGAUUUUACGCUUUUAGGGGUGGUUUCCCAGACAGGGAUUAUUUUAAACCAGGACUAGGUCCAAGUUAAAUUAGGAGUUUUCUACAAACAUGUCUUACAAAAAACAUUACUUGUGUGCAUUUUGAGAAAACAAAGUGGCACUGAUGUGUUUUCUAGUCGGUGCAAGUUGUUUUCAGUCUGGACAGCUCUAAAAUUUAUUUUAGUCUAGGUCUAGUAUUAAUCCCUGUCCAGGAAACCGUCCCUUAAAGUUGAUUCACCAAUAGAAACCAGCUAAAUAUAGCGUAACAUGCAGUUGUCAGUGGCACUGGUGUUUACAGGCCAAACGUGACUCAGUGCAGCAGAUUUGUUUUGAAAGGAAAGUCUUUCUGCUAAAUCUGCAUUUGAAACCUCAAUACUCUGAUAUUUUGUGCCUGACAUUGAAUGUGUAGCAAUGCUUGUAAUCAGUCCACCUUCACCGUUUGUGAGCAAGAACAUUUCAUCUUAGUUUGCCUAUUUCUAAUGCGUAAUGGGCAGCGUGCCGUAUUGUAUGUUUGCUGUGUGGGUUUUCUGUGUUAGGCAGAUAUGUACCAUAUGUUCACCAUAUACCACUAUAGUCCGUAUUAAAUUGCACCCGUUGCAAAAUAACCAGUGAUAUAGCUUGGAUGUGUCUCUGAACACUGUUCACAUGUGAAGCGUUUCUGUGCACGGUAGGAGCAAAGGCUACUGGAAAAUCUAAAGCUGUAUUAAAGAUUAACAUGAUGCUUCGUGCUGACAGAAAAUUGCAAAUCAUCUAUAAUUUUGUCAUUUCAUGUACCAGGUUUUCACUUAGUAAAGGAUUUGCUAUAAAAUGCACAUUUAACAAUUAAAAAAUACUGAAAUCAUCUGCACAAUAUUUUAAAUAUUAUUUUCUUUUAACCUGCUGGUUAAUUCGGGACUGCAGCAUUGAUUACAUGUAUUCCUCAUAUAAAUAUUGUUUUCAUGAGCUCUGUCUAAUGCUAUGAUCUCUGUUAACAAACUCUUAAUAAAUAAAAUAUA